CUUCUCUGGUGGUGGUGGGGCUCGAUGAGGGUGGGGUCUAGCCCCCAGGAUGUCCAGGAAAGCUUUACCCUUCCCCCCUUGACCAGUGCUUUCUCACAGGAGUGACGGAGCUUCAGAGCAUAAGGGAAAUGAACUUCCUGUGGGCCCACAGGCCUUAAGUCCCUCAUCAGCAGAGGGAGAUCUGAGAUGGGGACAAGAGCCAGCCCUGGGCCCUGAGCCCAGGCACAGCCACAAGUUUCCUCCACAGUUGAAGGAAUCCUGUUUUCUGUGAUGUCACUUCGGUCACGGUCACAUCUACUGGAUACUGGAGUGUCCUGGCCCAAAUUAGACAACUCAUGGCCUUGGUAUUUGGGGGUAGGGAGCUCUGAAGAGAGACUGGUAAACAGACGGCAGUGACUCUCUGGUAACAGGUUGGGUGUGCUGUCCUCUCCAUCUCUGUGCCCACUCCUGGGUCAGAGGUGAACUCCAAGGGAAGCCGGGCCAAAUGGGUCCAGGGUGGCAGAGGGGCAGGGAGUGAGGUGUGCCAGAUACCAGACUUCCUACUUCAUACACAUCAUCUCUUUUGCUCCUUGAAGUAACUCGUGGGGGUCGGGGGGUAAGAGGAAGUAGUCACCUAGAGGAAGCUAAGGUUCCAAGAGGCCGAGGGACUCGAAAAGCCCCUUUCUACAACCUCUCAGGGUUGCUCCAGGAAAACCCACAGAACUCAGGGCUCCUUCCCAGGCAGCCCGGAAUUCCACUGGCCUUUCCCAGGCUCCAUGCACCCUGUUCUGACCCCAUGACCCUUCACUUGUCCUGUCCACUGGCAGGCCAUCUUCCUGCCUUGCUCAGGGAAGAACGAACCUGGGACCUGUCAGCUUUCUUUGGCCCAUGGGUUGUUCCUCUCUCUUUGCCAGGCACACACCCUGUUAAUUCCAUUCUCUCUGCCUGAUUCCCUGUUGGGUUUUAGCAAAGCCCAGCAUGUCAUAGAGACUUCAAACUAUGUUCCUUGCUCUUCCACCACACACAUGCCAGCCCAGAAUUUCCUGUGCUUUGGGAGUUGAGGGGUGUGUGUGUGUGUGUGUGUGUGUGUUUCCCCUUUUGUACUAACUAGCUGGUCUUUUGCUGUCCUCUGGUGGCUGAAUCUGAGAGCUGCCAUUUCCUGCAGGCAGGCGAAUUUAAUCUGUAAGAGAUUUCCUCCUUUUCCUUAUGGAAAUGUACGAAUGUGCGUGUAAGUGCUCUCAGGUUGUACCUGACCCUCCCUUUUGUAACCUCAUUAUCUUCAUCAUCACCUGCCUCAGCAAACAGAUCUCUCUCACUUGUCUAGCCAAUAGCAGUGUUCCUUUGAUGGGUACUCUGUCAGCAGAAGGCCCUGGGGAGAGACCCUUUGCCACCCUCUUGUCCCCUCAGAUACUGCCUUCCUUGUCCAAACAAUUGCGCUGUUUCCGUUUCCUGCUGGGUCCCAGCUUGUACCAGGAGUGGUAUCAGGAUUCCGGAGUGCGGUUAUGCAUUUGGACUUGAAGGAAUAGCUGGAGUGCCUGCCAGUGAGAAAUGGCAUACUAGCACUCCACAGCAGGCAGUGACAUCACAAUUAAUCAUGGUAUCCUAGGAUGACACCUAGGUGAUAAGAAUGUACCUUGAGAGACCAGCUGUCUGUGACACUUGACCAUAUGACAGUAAGGAUGACCAAAAGGACAGUGAUGAGUGAGCUCUUUUGAGGAUGCUUGAUUGAUUACCAAAAGAAAAUGAAACUUGUAUGCCCUUCAGUUCUCAGUACGAGCUAUAGACUGAGGGCGCAAAAUCUUCUGUGACAGGAAAAGACGCUCGCACACACUGGGCUGACUGCACUAAACAUGAGUGAUGGUAACCGUCCCAGGUUUUCUUGUCCCAGGUCUUCUUGUCCCAGGUCUUCUCGUCCCAGGUCUUCUCGUCCCGGGUCUUCUCGUCCCGUCCCGGGUCUCAGCACCAACUCUUACACGCGUUCUCGCGACCGGCCAGGAAGAACGCAACAAACCGGAAUCUUCUGCGGCAAAGCUUUAUUGCUUACAUUUUCAGGAGCCAGAGAGCCAGAGAGCAAGAGAGAGAAAAGGAACAAGAACAAGAAAGCAAGAGAGAGAAAAAGAACAAGAACAAGAAAGCAAGAGAGAGAAAAAGAACAAGAAAGCAAGAGAGAGAAAAAGCAAGAACAAGAGAGAGAAAAAGAAUGGCAAAACCCCGUCCCUUUUAAGGAGAAUUAUCCUCCGCCUAGGACGUAUUACUUCCUGAUUGGCUGCAGCCCAUUGGCCCAGUUGUCAUCACGAGAAAGGCAGAACACAUGGCGGGAAAAUUGCCCCUGCACGUGUGCAGAUUAUGUUUACCACUUAGAACACAGCUGUCAGCGCCAUCUUGUAAUGGCAAAUGUGAGGGCGGCUUCCCACACAUGAGACAAACCCAUAAUUGUGGAGGUGGCUGCACCCUUGUUGUUGUUUGAAUUUACAGUCUUGUCAAGAAUUUCCUGCGAAAGAACAUAAAGGAUGGGACCCUAAAGUUUGGAAUGGGAACAUGUGCAUGGAUCCAACAACCAACCCAACCCUCAAGUUCCGGUCCCUCCCUCACCCACCUGUGCCUGAGGAGAACUGAUUGCUUUGUGUAAAAAUACCAUAACUAGGCUGGAGAGAUGGCUCAGCAGUUAGAGGCUCUUGCUGCCCUUACAGAGGGAGGACCCAGGUUCAUUUCCCAGCACCCAUAUCAGGCAACUUACAACUGUUUGGUAACUUUAGUUCCUGGGAAUCUCGCAUCUGCAGGCACUUUCACACAUGUAGUGUCCGCACGUACACGCAUCCCCGCCAGCACAUAAAUCUUUGUUUUUAAAUACCAUGAUAAGCUUAUGUGGGUCAGACACUUUGAAAAAGGACACUGACACACACACACACACACACACACACACACACACACAACACACACACAGAGAGAGAGAGAAAGAGAGAGAGAGAGAGAGAGAGAGAGAGAGAGCCCAUAAGUAGACCAAAUAUUCUGUCCAGAAGGACAGAAGAAUCCCAGAGGAAGCAUCUCCCAUACUAAAAGAAUUAGAAGACCCUGCUAAGACAUAUUUCUAGUAGGAAACAGUUCACAUUCCAUACAAUUCACACAUCAAAUGGUUGUUAAUGUGGUCAUGGUCAUGUGUAAUCAUGCCCAGAGCCAAGUGUUUUCAACAUUGUGUAAGGAACGCUCCUCACAGGGACUGGAGCCAUGCCUCAGCAGGUGUUUGUUGCGCUUGCAGAGAACCUGAACUCAGUUCCCAACACCCACAUCUGCUGGCUCAAAACUGCCAGCAACUCUGGCUCUUGGGCACCUGACACCCCUCUUUUGGCUUCCAAAGAUACUCACACACCCAUAGGCUGUUGUAAGAAUGUUUACCCAGGGAAUAACUAAAUAACACCUUCUCUCCUCUCCUCCCCUCUCCUCUCCUCCCCUCCACUCCCCUCCCCUCUCCUCUCCU